AUGGCAGUGAUGCGGUCGAAAAUUAGUCUCGCUCCCGUCAUCUCACGCUCGCAGCUGGGACUGACCCCCUCGUGCCAGAUCCCCGAGCCAUGGACCCUAGAUCGCACGCCCGUGCAUCUGCUGGCAGCGAUCUACACCUCGGCCCUCCCCUUCGCCGCUCACGAUAACUACGUCUGCGUGCUCAACACCUACAAUGCCCCGCCUGUCGACCGCCUUUGGCGCAUGGUCUACGAGCUCCUCACCGAAGAGAUCCACACCCCGCACCUAGCCGUCCUGCAGGCCGCCAUACUGUACGCGCACAAGCCCGUUGACGAGAGACGCAGCAGCGUGGCCGAUUCGCCAUUCGUCUGGUGCUUCGUCGGCACCAUCGUGGGCCUGACUUCUUCGCUGGGUCUACACAUCGAAUGUCGGAUGUGGGGGAUUCCCGCGUGGGAAAAGCGUCUGCGCCGGCGGCUCUGGUGGGCCGUUUAUGCCAAAGAUAAGGGAGAGUGGAAUGUGAGCGAGCUCGAUUCGGCGGAUUUCACAUACCAAUCACGCGGGGCCUCCUCGUCCUCGUCGACUAUCCACCAGUCGAAUUCGCCCGAGAUGGAAGUGCUGUUCCGGUAUUUGGUAGAUUUGUCCAGGAUCGCCGAGGACAUCUACGUAUCGUUCUACACACUGCGCGCCUCGCAGUUCCUAUCCGAGAAAUUCAACGCAUUGCACGACACCGGCCGCCCACUGCUCGAGAAGCUCAGCGGCUGGUACUUGUCCCUGCCGGAGAGCUUCCGACUUCCCAACUGGAGCAAGUCCUUGCCGACAAUCUCUGCCGACUCUGCCCUAGUAGCAGAAGACUACUCAAUUCUCGACUUUGACGACCUCCCAGAAAUCGAAUCCUUCCCCGCCGUGGAGUUGUCAGACGACCACGGCACAGGAGAAGCAACACUCAACGUGGCGGAACGAUGCGCCUCGAUCGUAAUUAGCUUCACGGGACAACUGACAGCGAGCGACUUUACGGGCUUCUGGUACUCGUGGUCCCGCAUCGGCUUCGCGACAGUUUCCAACUUCACCAUGCUGCUGCUGGUACAAGCGCCCAACGCCGACCGCGCAGUCAAGGGCAAACACCUAGUUGAAUCGUGGCUGCGCGGGCUGAGGUGCCAGAGCCAGAGCUUCCCGAUGAUGAAGCUGGGGUUAACGAGGUUUGACGCGAUGCAUUGGGCGGGUCUGGCACAGACGUUUUUGCUCCCGCAGCAUGUGGUUACUGGAGAUGAUAGUAAAUGA